GGGGGCUCCUCAGCUUUUCUCCUGAAACCUUUCUCUCCUCAGACCACGCUGCAGACAGACGAGGUGAAAAACGUUCCCUGCGGCACCAGUGGGGGAGUGAUGAUUUAUUUUGACAGAAUUGAGGUGGUGAAUUUCCUGAUCCAAAGUGCAGUAUAUGACAUAGUGAAGAACUACACAGCUGACUAUGACAAAGCUCUUAUCUUCAACAAGAUUCACCAUGAGCUGAACCAGUUCUGCAGUGUCCACACGCUGCAGGAGGUCUACAUUGAGCUGUUCGAUCAGAUUGAUGAAAACCUUAAACUGGCCUUGCAGCAAGAUCUAACUACAAUGGCCCCUGGAUUAAUUAUACAGGCAGUUCGAGUUACAAAGCCAAACAUCCCUGAAACGAUCCGGAGGAAUUAUGAGCUGAUGGAGAGUGAGAAGACAAAGCUGCUGAUUGCAGCACAGAAACAGAAGGUGGUGGAGAAGGAAGCAGAAACAGAAAGGAAGAAGGCCCUUAUUGAGGCAGAAAAAAUUGCACAAGUUGCUGAAAUAACUUACGGUCAGAAAGUGAUGGAAAAGGAAACAGAGAAGCGGAUUUCAGAGAUUGAAGAUGCUGCAUUUCUUGCAAGAGAGAAGGCAAGAGCUGAUGCUGAAUGCUAUACUGCUAUGAAAGUAGCCGAGGCUAACAAGCUGAAGUUAACGCCUGAGUAUUUGCAGCUGAUGAAAUACAAGGCUAUUGCAGCGAACAGCAAGAUAUAUUUUGGCAAAGAUAUUCCCAACAUGUUCAUGGACCAUGGAGGAAGCCAGACCAAAUUUGCAAAUGGACUGGCAGAAGGAAUCCAAGAUGACGAUGGGGCAGGAACCAUUGAGGACACAAAACUGCCUCAUAACAUCAACUGAUCUUGCAAGAUUUCUAUUCGUUUUAUAUCAAAAGAAACGAGAACUGGGAAGUUCCUUUUUCUUUCCCCCUUCCUGUAUUGAAAGAGACGAAUCAGACUUAAUCCUGUCAAUCUUUUGUAUGACAAUUAGAUGCAAGGACUUUGGUAUUUACAGGGUGUUUUUUUUUUUCUGGUGACUUCUAAGCAACCAGCUCCAAAUAUGUACUCUAGAUGCAAGUCUCCCUGUUGAUGGACAAAUAGACCAAUUAUUCUGGAGAGGCUAGGUGGAAGACAUCUUUGGACAAUCUGUUCUGCAGCCAGCUUAGCUAGGUACUUAAUUUUGGAGUGA